AUGGUCCACGCAACUAAAGAAAAAGAAAGUUCAACAGUACAACCUCUCACAACCGAUGAUCUAGCCAACCUCCCAUCUCGGUUUCAAAAAAAUGUUCUUUCCACAACACAAUUUGCCCCAAAUCAAGUUAUGGUGCAUAGUGAAAAGAAACAAUCUUGGACAUUCGACAAGGUUUUUGGCCCUGAAGCAUCACAAAAGGAUAUUUAUGAUCAAGUAGUCAAAGAAAUGGUAGAUAAAUUUUUAGAAGGUUUCAAUGUAACCAUUCUAGCAUAUGGUCAAACUUCAUCGGGUAAGACAUAUACAAUGGGUACAUCAAAUGAAUAUUCCCAAUUACCAGAAUCAAAGGUAAGCGCGACCGAAAUGAAUUCUCAAUCAUCUCGAUCACAUGCUAUAUUUUCGGUUAUGCUAUCGCAACAAAAAUUUGUCACUGAUUUUGGAAAAAAAAAUAAUGAAGAAGGAGAUUGGGUUACGGUGACCAGCAAAUUUCAUUUUGUCGAUUUAGCUGGUAGUGAAAGGCUCAAACGAACCUCGGCAAUAGGGGAUCGUGUGAAAGAAGGUAUAUCUAUCAACUCUGGCCUUCUUGCCUUGGGGAAUGUUAUAUCUGUAUUGGGUGACCCCGCAAAAGCAAAAAAUGCUAUGCAUAUUCCGUAUCGAGAUUCAAAACUUACUCGAUUAUUACAAGAUUCUCUUGGCGGAAAUGCCAAAACAUUGAUGAUUGCAUGUGUUUCACCAGCAGAAUACAAUAUUAAUGAAACGAUCAGCACGCUUAAAUAUGCAAAUCGAGCUCGUAAUAUAAAAAAUUCUGCCAUCGUUAACCAAGAAGAACCUGGAUGGCAAGAUAUUGAAUAUUUACAAAAUUUGGUUCUAAAACUUCGUGCCGAUAUUAAAGCUUUGAAGGAUUCUGAUGGGCUUAAUUCUACAUCUUUUCAACCAGAUGCUAUAGAUUUACAACAAAAUUAUUUCGGUUAUGAAACUAAUGAUUCAAUUUCAGAGGAAAAUAAAGAUGUUCAAAUACUUGAAGAACAAUUAAUGGAACUUCAAAAUUCGUAUAUGGAUAUGUCUAAGAAACAUGCACAGGCUUCUGCAUCUCUUAGCAUAUAUAAAAAUUGUAAUGGUGCAGAAAAACCUUUAUCUCCAAAAGAGCAAGAUACAAUACCGGAUCAAGAAGCUAUAAAAUCAAUGGUCUCAAAAUAUGAAAACUCUAUUGUUGAAUUUGAGAAGGAACUCGUUGCCGUACGAGAGGCCGUACGAAAUGCUGAAAUGCUUGUUCGCGAACAGGAGAUGAAAGUGUUAGACGCAGAAGACCUUAAUAAUCAAGAUACAAGGAUAAUAGACGAUCUAAAAAAUAACAUUUCAAAUCGUGAGGAAAGGAAAAAAACAACUGAGGAAUAUAUUAAACAUCUAGAAGCUAAACUGAAUGCACACGAGGGUGAACAAAAAAAAGAUCAGGAUAUAAUUAAUGAGCUUAAAGAAAGAUUAGCUCAUAUUCAGUCAGCGGGAGACGACACGGAAAAGAUAGUCAAAAAUCUUGAAUUAAAAUUGAAAGAAAGUGAAUUAAAUUAUCAAAAAAUCAAUAAAAAUGCUCAAAAAUUGGAAAAAGCUUUACAUGAUGCAUGCGAUGCUUAUCUUAAACUUGAAACACGUUAUAAAAAAGAUAGGGCUAACGAAGAUGAUGAUCGUAGUCUUUUUUUGGAAGAAAUUCAAGACCGAGAUGAAAGAAUUUCACAACUUGAGAAAAAGGCUGAGGAGCUGGUUGAAGAAAUUGAACAAAUGAAAAGGAUUAAAGCAGAAGCUGAUAGACAUUCACUGAAACGAAAACAAUCCACGUCGACAUUUUCUUCUCUCACUGAUCUCGAAACACCAUCAACUUCCACACCAUUCGGGGAUUACUACACUGUCUCUCAGCUUGAAUUACAAAUAUAUGAGUUGCAACAGAUACAAGAAAGCACAAUGUCCGAAUUUUUAGAUACCAAGCAAAAAUAUCAAUAUUGCCUUGAUAAAUUACAUAAUCUUCAAAAACAAACAACUUCUCGUAGAAAAUCAUUAUCAAUAUCUACUGAAAAAACAAUGGACGAAUUGUCAAACAUGGCUUUAGUACAAAAAUUACAAGCCGAGCUUCGACAGUUAGAAAUGUUUCAUGCUGAUAAGGCACGAGGGCUAGAUGCUGUAAAACAAGAAUUUGCUCGACUUGAGAUCAAUCAUCUUAAUACACUCGAAAUUGUCGAAGAGUUAAGAGAAGAAAUAAAAAGAAGAGAUGCAAUGGCACAAAAUGAAGUUAUGUCUGUUAUGAAUUCAGAUCAUAUUUAUGUUGAUUCUAGCGAUCUCUCUGCUGUCACUAGCGAGAUUGACAAACAGGAAAUCGUAAAUAGGCUGAGAGAAGAAGUUGAGCAGCUUAAAGAAGAUCAGAAGCGAAUUUUGGACACUUUAGAUACAAAUCAGGGAGGUUGUAAGAGUGAUAAAGUUUUGGAAAUUGAAAUAAAGAUCAGUGAAACAAAAACCGAAAUGAGUAAUGUUAUUUCUGAACAUUCCAAAAAGAUGUCAGCUAAUCCGGACGAUGAAUCUCUUAACGCAACGUGCUCUAGGUUAAGAGAGCUUGAAGAACUUUUAAUAAAAGCAUUCGAGGAUAAGAGAAAGGCUAGAGUCAUUGAUGCUAUUUCAUGUCUGGAGGCUGAUACACAUUUACAGCCAGAGCUUGAUGAUGAAAUGUUAGAAAUGAGAAUGCAAAUUAAUAAGCUUGACAUAGAAAUUGAUUCAAAGAGUCAUACAAUAGCAGCACUCUUGUUCCCAUCUAUUGAACAACAAAACGCAAUUCGAAAACUUGAAGAUGAACUUCAAGAAGUUAGAGAAUCAUAUCAAACAAUUUUAGAGAAAAAAAACAAAUUAAAUUCAAUUUCUGAAGAAUCUGAUGCACUAGAGAAACAGCUCAAAACGUUAGAAGAAAAAAUGAACGACCUCGAAACUCAGAUAGCCAAGGCAACAGAGUCUCAUCACAUUCCAACUCCACGACGAAGUUCCUUGAUGUUACUUCUGGAUACACCAACGCAUAAAGCUAUUAAUAGUCUUGAUGAAAAACUUAUAAGUUUGCAAAAAGAACUUGCAACUAAAUCAGGUGCAACGGAAUCCUUACAAGAAGAACAAGAAAUUGUCGUUGCCUUUCAAGAACAACUAGAAUUUAUCAAAUCAAACAUACAGCAAAAAAAUGAUCUGAUUGAUCAUUUAAAAGAAGACUUAGAUGAUAAGCCAUCCCUUCAACAAAGAUUGAGAGACAAAGAAGCAGAAGCGUUAUCAUUUAGAACAAAACUUAUGGACAUUCAAAAUAAAAUAAUUUAUUUUCAAAAUGAAAAAAAUGACCUUGUUAUGUGGCUUCGGAAGUUAGAAACCGGAGGUGAUAUAAAUAAAGAUAUUGAGAUUGAAUUGCAAGUUCUAAGAAAGGAAAUCAUACAAGUUCGUGAAAGAGAAGCUGCAGCACUGGAACGGCUUCGAGUUCUCAAAUCAAGCAUAACCACAGAAACUGAAGACAAUCAUCUUCAUGAAGAAUUGGAAAGUUUACGCAAUAUAGAAUGUGCACAACAAGAGAAAAUAAAUGACCUUGAAAAAAAAAUUGCUGAAAAAGGAGAUAGCGUUGACGAGGAAAUUGUAAAAAUAAGGACUGAAUUAGCAAUAGUUAGAAAGGCUCAAGAAAAACAAAGCAAUGUGAUCGAAACACUCGAACAGAAAUUAAAGAUUGCGGAAGACAAAUCACAUGUAGCUGCAAUUAAGCAAGAAAUUAAUGACUUGAAAACACGAGAAAACGAAAAUUUGAAGAAAAUACAAUCUAUAGAAUUAGAAUUGCGUGACUCUGCUAUCCAAGAUAUACAGCAAGCUGAAAAAUUGAAUGAAGAGAUUAAAAAAUUGCGUGGUCAUGAACGGGAACAACGUAAACGAAUGGAAUUUCUUCAAACACGGUUAGAAUUGGCCGAAGACGAAAAUCCAGAUAUAUUUUCCUUAAAAAAUCAAAUAUCCGAGUCCAAAACUUCAGAAGCAGAACUCCAAAAAAAAGUUAAUGAUUUAGAAGCCAAAUUUGCAACCAUUCAAAAAGAAACGAAGAUUUUUGGAAUGGUAAAAGAGGAAGUAAGAUUCUUGAAAGAAUUAGAGGUUGAGCAGAAAUCCACAAUUGAUCAAUUACAAUCACAAUUAAAUAAAAUGAAAGAAAUUAGGGAGGUCGCCAUCAAAGAACUAUCAACAAUGAAAGGUGGAUCUAACCUUCAAAAGAGACGUGUUAUUUCUUUAGAAGAAGACAUGAAAAGAUUAAGGCAGGAAUUGGAGCUUGCUAAAAACGACACUAAUUCAUCGUCUGAGAAAUAUGAAGAACUUACGAACUUAUUGAACACCACUCAUAAGCAAUAUGAAGAGUCAUUAAAACGAGUAAAACUUUUGGAAGGUGAAGUUGAAUCAUUCAAGAAUGAUGGAGUCGCAAGUGACGAAAAAGUUGCAACUGUGAGAACUGAAUUGGUUAAUGCAAAACUUGAGAUGAUGACACAAAAUGAAAACGUAGUCAACUUAGACAUGCAGAUAGGUGCAAUUGAGAAAGAACGCGAUCAGAGUGCGCAACGAAUUAAAGAGUUAGUAAACACACUUAAUGACAGAGAACCUAAUCAAAAAGAUGCUAUCAGAGCACUUGAAUCUACGUUAACAAAUUUUGAAUCCAAAAUUCUCGAAACGAAAGUUGAAUCAGAUGUAAAUAAGGAAACUAUUGCACUUAUAGAGGAAAAACUUGGGAUUGCUCGAACACAACUUAAAGAAACAAAAUCCAUAGAUGAAAAGCGUAUUAAGUUGUUUAAUGGAUUAGAAAGCGAAUUAAAAACAUUGACAAAAUCAUUAGUGUCAGAUGAACAAGAAUUUAUGAAUCAAGACUACAAUAUUACAAACCUAAAUGCUAUUAUUCAAUCUUUGGAAAUUGAAUUGCAAACGGCAAGCUCAUCAAAAACGAAUUUCACUGCACGUAUAAGACAGUUAGAAGCCCUACUUGCAGAAGAGACUUUAAGGCUUGAAUGUAACGCUACAUCAUCUACUGACCUUGAAACAUUGAAUUCAGAACUCCAAAAAGCUAAAGCGGCUGAAGUUCAAUAUCGGCAACAGAUCAAGAGUUUAAAAUCUAAGAUCCGAGAUGCCAAGCAGUAUCGGAAUGCAGAGCAUAAUAAUCUUAAAGAUGUUACAAACAACAUAUAUUCCCUUAGGGCACAGUGUACCCUGAUGCAAAAUGAAAUAGAAGAUAUUAAAUAUAAUUCUGUUCUUGAUUGUUAUGAUAGUAUAGAUGAUGAGAUGGUUGAAAAUCUUAUUAAACAGUUGAAACAAACUCAUAAAGAGGCCAAAGAAAAAAUAAGUCGAGUUAUUGAAUUAGAAAAGAUCUCACAUCAAUUGGAAUCCGACAAAAUUAUUCAAUAUGAACAUAAUGAAGAUCUUGAAGAAGAAUUGGAUCAGCUUCAAAAGGAUAUUGAAACUCUGGCAGACGAAUUCGCAGAUGCAGCUUCGAAAUUUGAAGAUAGUGAUAAACUAUGUAAGAAACAAAGGCGUAUAAUUGCCGAGAUGGAAGCUGCACUGGAAGAAGCCAAAAAUCCCAUCAGAAUUAAUGAAUUAGAAGGAUCCACGGACCCAGAGACAAACAAAUUGUUGGUUUUAAAUAAAGAACUACGCCAAUCUCAUGACCAUUUAAAUUCAAAAAUGUCCGAAUUCGAGAAAAAGACUAAUUCACUAAAAAAUAAAAUUAAAUCUCUGGAAGUCGAGCUUGUCCGACUCAGCGAAAAUGAUCAUGCUUUGACCAAAAAUUUAGAAAGUCAAAUUGAGAAACUGGAAUUUGAAAAGGACAAAUUACAAGGGACGAAUGAAAUUAUUCUCGAAGAACGUGAAGUUCUGGAUAAACGAAUAGCAUUUUUAAGAGAGCAAUUACGAAUGGAUGGAUCUGAUGAAACAAAGAUAACUACACAGAUAAUUCAAUUAAAGGAAUUCGUUAACAAACUUAACAAACAAGUUUCUGAUAUCAAGCAAAAAUCAGCUGAUAAAUCCAGAUCUAUGGAACAAGAAAUAAACAAAUCAAAUUGA